AUGGACGUUCUGAAGUUCAGUUUAGAAGAGGAUAUAGAAAGGACUGGAGAAUCAGUCUUGCAAAAAGAACCGGGUGUCACUGCGAUACAUUGUAGCGCAGACGGUGGGAAGCUUAUGCAGUGCUAUCGUGACAAAGAUGAUGUGUAUUUUCCGUUUGAAAAAUUCCUGAAAAAUCGCUUUGAAUUGUCCGGGAAAGUUGUCAAAGAUCCGCAAACUCAAAAAAAUUACUUUGAGUGGUACACGUCAUCUGCACGAGUAAAGACUCCAAAUAUCAGUAGUUAUGAUCCUUUCGGUCCUUUUGGACAUUUUGCAUACUAUAGUGUUGAAACUAGAGACAGAGUCCGUUGUAUCAACGCGCAAAAAGGUGUUCCCAUGUCAACUCAGUGGUCGUCUGAACCUUACUUUUACCCAGUACAAAUUGCUCAAUAUGCACUGCAGCAUUUUAGCAGGUUCAAAACAAACACUGCUCUUGAUUCCCUUGCUCUCGGGGAAGAUGUCGACCAGUGGACUAUCAGUGCUGAGUCCAGUAUUGUGAAAUCGCUCGACAUUUAUUCUCAGGAACCUUAUAUGAAUAUCAUUUCGAAAGGUACUGAGAUGGGACUACAGUGGUUAAUUUCAGCAAAUAGUUAUGGGGUUAAGAUUGGUUUGUCAUCUGCGACAUCUAUGAUGACUGUAACAUUUAGCUGGAAGCCGAGUAGUACAGCAUCAUUUGCCAUAUUUGCUUAUGUUCCGCAGAGCAAAUCAGUGUACGAGCUUCACUAUGUACGGAAAGAUGAUAGCCGCUGCGUAUGGUCUGAGGAUAAUAACGUAUUUAACACAUUUUCUUAUUUUCUGAGAUCUUUUAAACGUUGGCACAUUGUAAAUCGGAAUUUUAUGGUUGACUUAGAUCGUGCUUUAGUUACAAAAGUAAAGAAGCGAAAGCCUGGACCAGUUCUUCAUCCAGCUUACUUGGUCGUUUUGACCAGUUUAGGAGAUGUAGAAGGAUUAUGGGUUUCAUUCAGUGGUAAUUGUUUCGUGAAGGAUGUGCGCCAGCGCUCUUCUUCUAACCUCGAUAAUUUUUUGGUAGCUGCUGAGUGGUUUUUAAAAAAUCAAAACGAUGCAGGAGGUUGGAGCGUUCCGGUCUCGAGGACUGUUGGAGGUACUCAUCUAUCCCUACCUGCUGGAUGGCACAGUGCGAUGGCACAAGGUCACGCGUUAAGUGUACUAGUUAGAGCGUUUGGAUUGCUCAAUGAUUCUGUUUAUUUAGACGUCGCUGGUAAAGCUUUGGACGUUUUUGAAAAGGCAGCGUCGGAUGGAGGAGUUUCUAAUGAGCUCUUUGGCCAUACUUGGUACGAAGAGUAUCCGACAGUGCCAGGAACAUACGUUUUAAACGGCUUUAUGUACUCGCUUAUUGGGCUUUAUGAUUUUGCAAGCACUCCGAGUAAAUUUGCCUCUAGGGCAAAAAAUCUUUUUGAUAAAGGUAGUCGCUUGGUUACAUAUAUUUUAGGGUUGUUUUUCUUGCCAAAUUUCUUUCUUUCUCUCUACGAUACGGGAAGUGGCUCAGUUUACGACUUAAGGCAUUUUACACUUAAAACAGCUCCAAAUGUGGCACGAUGGGAUUAUCAUGCUGUUCAUGUGUACUUAUUGAAGUGGAUAUAUGGCAUAACUAAUGUAAAGUAUUUUGAUGAAGUUGCAGAUCGUUGGAUUGGAUAUUCACGUGGGCGAAGAGCUAAACAUAAUUAA